AUAAAAAAAUGGUGUCUGGUGACAUCACUUACUAUAGCGCGUGGCGAAUGGGCGUUUGCACGUCAGUUCGAACCGCUCGAACGUUAACCAAAAAAAAAACCGGUGAUAAAUAUUUAAAAAUCGUUGCGAGUUAAUGAAUUUGUUAUGAGUCGUUCCAAUCAGCUUCCGAAUCUCGAUAAAUUGUUUCGAGAUGAUGAUGACCAGGAAUUCACACCCCAGGGUGGUGCCAACCUGGCAGCGAUAUUCGGCACCCCCCAGAGGCUGGAUAUCACCCCCCCUGUGAAAAAAGCUCCAGGAAAGCCCUCCCCAGCCCCUCCGAAGACCGAGGUAAUCCUGGUAAAAAUCGUACACGCAUACAAAUUAGAAUCUGGCCAGUACUCUCUAAUUGGAAAGCUGGGGAUUGCCCUGACACGUGAUCCGACCCACUCCUUCCUCCUGAUCCUCUACAAAACCAAGCAGGAGCACAUAUCAGUGGUCCCCCUGACCCCAGACUUCCAGUACUCCCCAGGGGACAACAAUUACGCCUCAUAUUACGAUUCAACGAAUUCCAACUGGUCCAUACUCUUCGAAAGUUCGGAUUCGGCGAUUGAAUUUGCUCGUGAAAUCGGAGUAACUCGGUACCUCCUCCGAGGAAGACCCGAGACAUCCGUAUUUAGCCAAGACCUAACCCCGAAAAAAGACACCGGGGAAAAAGUGGAGGAGGGUGACGAGGUGGAGCUGAACUACUGCGUAAUCCCGACGAUAACUCAGCCCUUGAAGCUGGGGAAUUCCCCAAGCCAGGGGAUGAGAGUACGAAUAACGAGCGAUGACACCUGGGAGAAGUCCCUCGUGGGGGUCCACAAGGGCCUGAAGAGGCUGCUCAUUCUUCCCCCGAGCAAACAGAUAAGCCUGGGCCCCGGGUUUCCCCGGGAGCAGGCAGUGGCUCUCGAGGUAGAAAUCCUCGACAUCGUAAAACCUGAAACAAAAAAAGAGACAUCACCCAAGACAACCGUGAAAGCCUCUUUGAUAUCACGAAUGGCGAAGAUGGGGCAUUCAAUGCUUCCUAAGGUCCCCACGACGGACUCCGAGGACACGGAGGAAGAAGUCCAGGUGAGGAGAAAAGCGAGAGGAAAAAGCGAGCCUGAGAGAAACACGAAGACGAUCACCAGUCCUCAGACACCUGGAAGUCUCGUGCCUGUGUUCCAUCCCUGGGCAAAAGUUCCACAAGCCCCUCAACUUCCUCAGGUACCUCUCCAGCAGUUUGUGCCUGAUAGUCACGUGUAUCAGUACCAGGCACCGAUUCUCCAGGUACCUGAUCCGAACCUCAAUGUAUUUUUAUCGGAAACGAGGACCCACAACGCGGAGAUCAGGAUGGGAAUUUCAAAAGUCGCGGAUAACGUGCAAAAACUCCUGGAUAAGUUUCACGUUCUGGAGCUAGAGAGGUGCACGAGUCCGAGGAAUGAGCGGUCCCUGGAGGGGCUGAAAGCCCUCCUGGAGAUGAGAAAUGAGGGAAGGGGGCAGGAGAGGGGAUUAAAAACGGAGAAGUCGGAUGAGAGUGAGAAGGAGAGGCUGGAGAUCCAGGGGAGGGUGCGGAGGCUGGAGGAGGAUCUGCGGGAGGCCCAGGGUGCUCUCCAGAAGGCCUUGGCUGAUCUGAGGGAGGCCAAUGGCCUCGUCAUCCAGUACCAGAGGGAGAAUGCUACCCUCGAGGGAAGAAUUCUGAGACUUGAGGAAGAGAAGAAGAAAAUUGAGAGUAGAAAUCCGAGGGAAGGGACACAGGUCAAGCAGGUAAUGAAUAAAACCUAUCAGGCCCUCGUCGGAAGGUUCUCUGAAGCCUCUUACGAGAAGGAGUAUAUUAAGGACAUUCUGGGAAAUACCAUCAGGGAGAUCACCCUCCAGGUUCUCCAGAACAGGGGAUUCGACGACAGGAAGGGAGACGAUAGAGAAAGUGAGGCGAAUAAUGGUCAGGGAGCUGAUCGGGAUUUCGAUAUGACUUCUGCUCCUGAUGAGGAGCCACCCCCCAUUCCACCCAUGGACCUAGACGUCGACGACUGGCUCUCGUAAUUAAUCGAGUACAUAAUUAUAAUCGUAAUUUUAUUAAUUUAUCAGAGGAUCAACGAAUCAGCUGACAUGUGAAGGCUUUUGCAAUAAAAUAUU